UUUCUACAAACUGCACCCUUCCAUUUUCUUUCUCCUACUCUUUUUUUUUCCUCUCCUAAAUUUUCUUUCCAAAAAUAUAUUUUUUUUUAAAAAAAAUGAAUCCUUCAGCUAUAGUCAUUACAAAGGAACUGUCCGCUGGAUCGUCACGAUCCGGCGGUGAACAGUUACAAAAUAAUCCCGCACCGUUGAGUCGGUACGAGUCACAAAAAAGGCGAGACUGGAACACUUUCGGACAGUACUUGAAGAAUCAGAGACCAUCCGUUCCGUUAUCACAGUGUAAUUGCAAUCAUGUACUAGAAUUUCUUCGGUACCUCGACCAGUUCGGAAAGACUAAGGUUCACUUACACGGAUGCGUGUUUUUUGGACAACCUGAUCCACCAGCACCUUGUACUUGCCCGCUAAGGCAAGCUUGGGGCAGCCUUGAUGCUUUGAUAGGCAGACUUAGAGCUGCUUACGAAGAAAACGGAGGUUCCCCGGAGAAUAAUCCGUUUGGGAAUGGCGCGAUUCGCCUUUAUUUGAGAGAGGUUAAGGAGUGUCAAGCUAAAGCAAGAGGGAUUCCUUAUAAGAAGAAGAAGAAAAGGAAGCUCAAUAGUAAUUCAAUUAAGUCCAUUGGUGCUGGUGCUGGUGCUGCUGCUGAUCAACACAAGAAUUUGAUGCAAGCCAGCUAAAUCAUAUGGGGUGGUCACAUGAAUUGGAUGCAUCUUAAGUAGAUAUAUAGAAGAUGAUGAUGCCUGCCAGAAGACAAAUAUCUACCUCAAUACUAGCUAUCUAGCUAGCUAAGUUUUCUUAUUAAGUUAUAUUUUAUAUAUAUAUACAAACUCAAGUCUUAGUAUUUAAUAAUUUAGUUAGAUAAUCAGUUUCUUUUAAUUAAAUAACUGUCUUUUGGUAAUUUGAUAAGGAUUUCUCCACUACUGUAAAUUAAACUACUUCCCAGCUAUUUUACUAUAUAUAUUUUGCAUCAAUUA